AUGGAUCCCAAGGAGCCCGGCGGGGCCGAGAAGAACAAGGUGAUCAAGCGCAGAAACAGACCUGUGUUCCUACGUUACCUGGAGAGGAGGAAGACAGACAGCAUCGUGGCUGGCGAGACCUGCAAAGGUGACAUCAACCUGGGGACGCUAGUGAGACGCAGUCAGUCUGACAAGACGGAGUACAGCGCUAAACUUAAAGAGAAAAUGACACAGAACGACUCGUCCACCCCUGCGUCACCAGCACUGGACCCAGAGGAGAUCCGUUCGAGAAAGAUGAAUCGCAGAUCGAAAAUCCUCCAAGAACUGAUGCAGACUGAAAAAGACUACCUCACUGACCUGGAGUUGUGCAUCCGAGAGGUGGUGGAGCCUCUGCGAAAUAUGAAGGUCGUUGAUGUGGAUCGUCUGUUCACCAACAUGGAAACGGUGAGCGAAGUGUCAGCUGGACUCCUGAACAGACUCCAGGAAGCCAUGGCAGAUCCAGAUCCUGAAACCGUGGUUAUAGGAGAAGUAUUUAUUCAAGCAAAGGCAGCUUUAGAGGAUGUGUAUAAGAUUUACUGUUACCAUCAUGACGACGCCAACAUGGCACUGGAAUCCUAUGAAAAAGAGGAAGGAAUAAAGCAACAUUUCACUGCAUGUGUAUUAGGAAUGAAGAAACUCUACGACCAACAGGGGAAGCCUAGUCUUCUUGACAUGGGCUCGCUCCUCAUCAAGCCAGUCCAGAGAAUCAUGAAGUACCCGCUGCUGCUGGGCGAGCUGUGGCAGGCCACGCCCGAAGACCACCCCGAUUCCCGGCCUCUGCAGGAGGCCUUCACCGCCACAAAGAUCAUAAACAUCAACAUCAAUGAGUUCAAGAGACGUAAGGACAUAGUGAUGAAGUAUAAGAAUUCAGAGGAUGAAGGAACUCUGAGGAAACUUCAUAAAUUCAACAUCCAUUCUAUUAGGAAAAAAGGUGAUAGGUUUGCAGGCUUUCUCAAGAUUCUCACAGGAGUUGAACCACAGGUAAGAGAUGAAGUGUUUGACAGACAGGAGAAACUUUUUAGGAGCCUGGAGAAAGCUGUGAGGCAACUGGUCAAGAAUGUCCAAAGUUACCUGCAGUUCACUCAGGAGAUGGUGUCUGUUGCCGUUAACAAUGUCCAUGUAAUGGAGAGCAUCAUCAGCGAGUCAAACGGCUCAUCGCACACUAAAACCGACGACCCCUAUGAGCACUAUAAAGAAAACAUGGAGCGUCUGGUCCUCGCCCCACUGUCAUCGCUACAGGGCAUGUUCAUUGCGCCCCAGAAGCUUAUCCAAAAACGUUACGACAAACUGCUUGAUUACUGCAGCCGGCUGGAGCGCUCGUCUCUAUCUUCUUCUUCCUCGCCGUCCACCUCUUCCUCCACCCCGUGCCUGGUAUCCAUAGACCCACCCGGUCCUGCCCGGAGGGACUACGAGGCUCUUAACGCGUUGCUCGUGGAGGAGUUGCAGCAGUUCAACAUGGCAGCCUAUGCUAUCCUUACCAACUGUGCAGUGUAUGUUGUGGCCUUGCUCAGAGGUCUGAUGGAGGAAAUACUCCUGGCUGCUCCCUCCAUUCAACAGCUACCAGCUCCGUUGUCUAACAUAGCUGAGGUCCAAAACAGUAUCAUGGAUGAGCUGAACAAUCUGGCGUUUGUCAAGGAGAACGCACAAAAACUAAUGGAGCGGAAAGUGAGCUUCGAGAGGCAACGAGACAAGAAAAUAACGCCGGAGGUGGAGCAUCAGACGGAGGAACAACGCGCCCGGCUGCUGGCUGAAUACCCCCCGAGUCGUCUGUACAGGCUGAAGAGGAAGUGUAACGGCUGCCAGGAGCAGGACCUUAGCCUGCUGGAGGGGGAGCUGGUAGCCCUGCUGGAGGAUACAGACCCACUGGGCAGCAGUAGCCGGUGGCUGGUUUACACGGGGGGUGCGGAGGGAUAUGUCUACUCCACUUUCUUGAAGCAGUACAACCCUCUGAGGGACUCCCAGCGUGGUGCCCAGGCAGCCAAACAGCAGCCAGAACAGCAGUCGUCCACCAUGGCCGACGAGGACUUUGACAACCUGAGCCUUUUCGUUUCUGGCAGUGGGAGCAGCAGCCUGAGGAGCUUCAGUCUCAACACCACAGACAGCACGUCCAACCUUUCGGGCCUUCAGGGCGAACUGGACACAGCUGAUGACUUGGAGGAUUCGUUUGACACUGAUGCUCAGCAGUACUAUGCCGUGUAUGCAUUUCAAGCCCGCUGUGACCAGGAGCUAACCUUGCAGGAGUACCAACAUGUGCGCAUCUUGCAGUUCAAUGACCUGGGCGGUAAUAAAGAAUGGUGGCUAGCGGAGGCUGGUGGCCAGAAGGGGUAUGUCCCGGCCAACUACCUUGGCAGGAUGUCCUAUGCAUAA